UAUUUACUAGGGACUUUUAAUUUCGUAGAACGGCAACACUGUUCUGUGGUCUUGUUUAUGAAUGUUUUGUGAUUGACGAUUGUAUUUUGUAAGAUUUAAUAUAUAUACUCUACGUUUCAGACGUUAAAUUAAAUAUGGUUUUUAUUUACUUUAAAAUUAAUAUAUAUAGAGUGUAGGUAUUAUAGAGUGACAGUGUUAUUUGCAUCUUUAGCGAAUUAUCUUGCUGCAUAUUAGCUAUAUUAACGUAAGGUUAUCUUAAAAUAACUAUUCUAAUACAUAAAAAUGUCUGAUAAACCACCUAUUAAACGCUAUAGACGCGAUGACAAUUCAUCAGGAUCUGAAGACGAUGUCGAUAAUUACGAACCCUAUGUUCCUGUAAAGGAAAGAAUGAAGCAAAAGUUAUUAAAAAUGGGACGUCUUGGCCAAGUCGCCAAUGAGGUCGCUGCAGAAACCAAAAGUUCGAGUGAUAAUGAUCCUGACGAUGAAGGUUCCCAAGAAGAAUGGGGAAGACGCUACAAUGUAUCAUUAUUGGACCAGCAUAGUGAAUUGAAAAGACUAGCGGAAGCCCGUGCUUUGUCUGCAGCAGAAAGGCAAGCCAAAGAGGAGGCUCAUAUAUUAGAAAGUGUAGCUCAAAGUAAAGCUUUGAUGGGUGUUGCUGAAUUAGCUAAAGGUAUACAAUAUUCGGAGCCAAUCAAAACAUCCUGGAAGCCUCCACGAUGUAUCCUGAAUUUACCGGAAUCCAGACACGAGAGGGUGAGGCAACAGCUCCGUAUCCUGGUAGAAGGUGAAGAUGUACCGCCUCCCAUACGCACGUUUCAACAUAUGAAGUUUCCUAAAGGUAUCAUUCGAGGCUUGGAAGCCAAAGGUAUUAAGAAUCCUACACCAAUUCAAGUGCAAGGUAUACCAGCAGUACUGCAAGGUCGGGAUAUGAUUGGUAUUGCGUUUACUGGUUCGGGAAAAACUCUGGUCUUCACACUACCCUUGAUCGCGAUGUGCUUAGAACAAGAGGUUCAGAUGCCUUUCAUACGAAAUGAGGGGCCAUACGGCUUAAUAAUUUGUCCGUCUAGAGAACUAGCGAAACAGACGCACGAUAUUAUACUGCAUUUUAUCAAACAUUUAAAAAUGGCCGGACAUCCGGAGAUACGGAGUUGUCUCGCUAUUGGUGGUGUGGCGGUAUCAGAAUGUAUGGAGACAGUACAGCGGGGUGUUCACAUCAUGGUGGCUACUCCAGGAAGACUUAUGGAUAUGUUAGAUAAGAAAAUGGUCCGUCUCAACGUAUGCCGGUACCUUUGUAUGGAUGAAGCCGAUCGAAUGAUCGAUAUGGGUUUUGAAGAAGACGUAAGAACGAUAUUCUCAUACUUCGCUGGUCAGAGGCAAACUUUAUUGUUCAGCGCGACUAUGCCGAGGAAAAUUCAGAAUUUUGCAAGAUCAGCAUUGGUGAAACCCGUCACGGUAAACGUGGGUCGAGCUGGUGCGGCAUCACUCAACGUGCGUCAGGAACUGGAGCUGGUGAAGGCUGAGGCUCGUACGGUACACUUGCUCCAAUGUCUGCAGAAGACGCCACCACCGGUGCUGGUCUUCGCGGAGAGGAAGCAGCAUGUGGAUGCCAUACACGAAUAUUUGUUAUUGAAAGGUGUUGAAGCGGUAGCUAUCCAUGGUGGGAAAGACCAAGAAGAGAGGUCACGUGCUGUGGAGGCUUUCAGGAGAGGGGAGAAAGAUGUGUUAGUCGCUACUGAUGUCGCUAGCAAGGGUCUAGACUUCCAGAACAUUCAGCACGUGAUAAACUAUGAUAUGCCAGAAGAUAUAGAGAACUACGUCCAUCGCAUCGGGCGUUGUGGGCGAGCCGGUCAGGCGGGCGUGGCCUCCACACUUCUGUCUCGGCAGCAAGACGACAGCGUAUUAAGAGACCUCGCGCAUUUGCUGAGGGAAGCUGGACAGAAGGUACCUUCGUUCCUGAUGGACAUGAUAGGUGGUGAUGAACCGGCAGUGGAUGGGCAGGGAUGUUCCUACUGUGGAGGAUUGGGACACAGGAUUACAGAAUGUCCAAAGUUGGAAGCCGUGCAGAACAAGCAAGCAUCAAAUAUCGGAAGACGAGACUAUUUGGCUAACACUGCUGCUGACUACUAAAAAUGGCUGAACAGAAUUCGAUGGAUUUUAGCUAAAAACUUUGUCACGAUAUAUUAAAUUUGUUAUAUUAAGACUGGAAUUGAAUUUUGAGUUAUAGAAAGUUCUAGAACCAAUUGAUAUCAAAUAUAAUGAACUUUUUUCUUAAUUACAGUCGUGAAUGUAAAAUAAUAUGUAAAUAUUAAUACUAAGUUUUUUAAGUAUUGUAAAUAUUGAUGUGAUCUGUUGUAC